AUGCAGAAAAGACAAUUCCCCAUCCCAGAACUCCUGAUCAACCUUAUAUAUGUGUUAUGGGGGUACAUCAUCCUCGGAGACCCAGGGGCAGAUAAUGGGGACGACGGAAAGUCUAAACGGGCGGAAAAAUGUGGCACGAAAAAAAGUAAAGAACGGCGAGAAGAGCCCUUGGGAACAAUGUCUUACCAGACCAGUUCCAAAUGGCCGCCGCCGCUCUGGCUUCUGAUUGGUGCCAGAAAACUUGUGUUUUUCUGGCACCAAUCAGGUGAAGGACGAGCUCUCCUAAAAAUGCCUGUGUGGGAGGCUACCCAGCCGGUAAAUGUCUUCAAAGAAUUCUCAUCAACUUCUUUAAAGAAAAUUUGA